CCACCCUCUUCAAUGCUGCCACAGAGGCAGCUCCAAAUUCCCAAACGCCUCUAGGAUUUUUUUUAUUGGGUGUUUUAUUUUAUUUUUUUUGUCGUCCAACAUGAGUCAGAAAAGAGGAAGUAUGAAUUGAAAAAAAAAAAUUCACAAAAUGGGACACAUUUAUUUCUGAUUGGACUUAAGCUGCAGCCAGGGAUUGUUUUUUUGCUGAAGCCCCCACCAACAUGGCUGAAGGAGUCAAACCUGUCACCGCCGCCGGACGGUCCAGUGAAGCAGCGGAAUCAUGGACGAGUUCUCUCAAAUCAAAGGCUGUGGCGUUCCUCGGGAAGCUGAAGAUGUCCGUGGAGCUGCUGGUUGCUCUGGCUGCUCUCCUGUCCUGGGUGGUUGUGGGAGUGGUGAUGUUUGACUUUGUGGAGUAUAAAGCAGUUCCUGAUGUUCAGCAAAUCAUUACUGACCCAGUUCAAGCUGUGAACGACGCUAUUGAUGAAGUAUCCAGCCUGCUCAAUAAGUUUCAAGAAUGUGCUCCGGAUCUGAGUGACCCCAUGUCUGCUGCCACGUAUGCAGCCGAGGAGAUAACAACAGCAAAAGAUGGCUUUGUGCAAUACUUUUCAGAUGAUGACGGAAAUUUCUACCUCAGCUACAUCGACCCGGUCACCAUUGGGAGACAGACUUUCCAUUCAACCAACGACUUCAUGAACGGAGCUGGAGCUUACAUCAGAGACACAGUUGGUGCUGCAGCAGAUAUGAUAUCGGAUACGGUCCUGGAUAUAAAUAAAGGAAACAUUGAUCUCAGCUACAUUGACCCUGUGGUAAUAGGUAGAGGUGUCUUCAGUCUGACUAAUGACCUCAUGAAUGGAGUUGUGGGAAACAUCCAGAAGGUGCUGUGCUGCAUUCUGGACACAGUUCUGGAUCUAAUUCAAGGAAGUCCAGACGUAAACUUUCUUGACCCCGUUGUGAUCGGCAGGAAAAUCUUCCAUGUUAUUAAUGACGGCGUGAAUGGGGCAGUGGCACAGAUCCAGGACAUACUCUGCUCCGGUGUGGACUUUGUUCUGGAUGUUGUCAGAGGAACAACUGACAUUAGCUUUAUUGACCCUGUGAUUGUGGGCAGGGAUGUCUUCAGUGUCAUGAAUGACUUUGUGAGUGAAAUAAGCGCUUAUAUUCAGGACAUUCUCUGCAUCAUCCUGGAUUUCAUCCUUGACGUCUUCAAAGGAACAACAGACAUCAGCUUCAUUGACCCGGUCAUCGUGGGCCGAAAUGUCUUUAACGUUAUCAAUGAUUUUGUGAGCGGAAUAGCAAGAUUGGUCCAGGACAUCCUCUGUGUCAUUUUGGAUGGAGUCCUGGAUACUUUGAAAGAUGUCCAGCAGGCUGUCGGCUUCAGUCCCGCCUCAGUUCUGAGAUCAACGAUAGAUACUGUGAAAGAACAGAUCAGCACGCUCGUGAGCUUCCUAAUCGGUGACCAAGGGAUUGUGCCUGAAGUGUCUGUGGAUCCAAUGAAAGUGGUGGAGGAGGCGGUGCUUGAAUUCUCUGACAAGAAGGAUCUGUUCUUAGGAUACAUGUCAAGCAUGCUGGUUGGUGAUCAAGAAGAAGCAGCUCCACCUUCAGCUGACAUGAAGUUGGUUAGAAAGAAAGGUGAAUUUCUGCCUCCGUCGGAAGAAGGUACAGAGAUGGUGCACGAGGAGGAAGUGGAAGAGGAGGUGAAGGAGGAAGAACCUUCUGAGGUCACAGAGGAGAGCGAGUCUGAGGCGAUACAUGAGGAGGAAAUCCAACUAGAAGCAACGUUUAGGGAGGAAGAAAUCCUCGAUCGGGACAGCAAGACCAAAGAUGAAGAGAGUCAGGAGGAAAACAUCACAAAGAAGGAGGAAGACGUUGAUGCAGAGAAGACUGUCGUAGAAGAUUUUAGCGACGCAGAUUCAUCGUUUGUUACUCCCUCAGAAAAUGAAGAAAUGGAGGAGAAACCCAAAAUUGUAGAAAUUUUGGUUGAAGAGGAGAUCAAAACUGAAGAAAUAAAAGAGGAUCUCUUAGAGACCAGAAACGCAGAAGAUGAAAAGACAAAAGGAGACACAAAAACUGAGGAAGAUUCUGAGGAAGAGGCAAAACCUGAAGACAUUUUUAUGGAAGAUAAAGCAGAGGACGCCAAAACAGAAACACUAACUGAAGAUCAGAAAGAAGCUUCAACUGUGGAAAAGGAGGUUGCAGAAGAUAAAGAAGCAAAGGAUGAAGAGGAAGAAAUUCCAACUGAAGAAAACUUGGAACAAUACACAAAAGAAGAAGAGGAGGAUGAAACAGACAAUUUGAUAGACUUUGAGGAAGAUGAGAAGAAACCAAAAUCUAUUGAUCCGCUUGAAAAAGAAGAGGACCAUCAAGCAGAGACCCCAAUUCAAGCUGCAACAGAAACUGAAGAAGGUUUGACAGAAGAGGAAGAAAAACAUCAUAUCAAAGAAGAGGAAGAGGAGACCAAAAUGAACAUUCUGAUAGAUGUUGAUGAAAGUCCAGCUGAACAAGCGAGGACUGAGGAGGAGUCUGACCUUCUGUUUGAAUAUAAGGAGGUAAAGGAAACCAAAACAACACCAGAAGAAGAUGCUGAAACUGAAGAUUCAGCAGAAGAUGAGGAGGAAGAACCCAAAACAAAACAAUAUUUGCCACAACUUGAACAAAAAGUAGAGACGAAACAGAAAAAAGAUGAGGAGGAAACAAAAGUCUCUCAAAAAGAUGAAGACCAAGAGAUGCAGGAAGAAAAACCAGAACAACUCAAUGAAGCUGAAGAAGGAACACUUGAAAAAACUCCUACAGAAAAACCUACAGAGGACAUCUCUGAAUCCCAAGAGCCAGAGGAGGAAACACUUUCAGCACCUGAGAGCAGAAAAGUGAAACGCAAAGAAAAGAGGAAGACUCGCGUUUCCCUGCAGAAGCUCAGAGACGAGUCACUCACAGAAAAACAAACCAGUGAAAUGGAGAAAGAAGAACAACUUGUCAAGAAACCCUUAAAAGAUGAAGAAGAGGCCGAAAAGGUGCCUGACAAACCACUUACAAAGAAAAGUACAGAAAAAGAAGAACUCAAAGAAGAUAAAGAAGUAAAAAAGCCAUCAAAAGAAUUAAAAGAAGAAAAGAAAUUAACCAAGAAAGAGAAGAAAUUGGAGAUAGCUAAAAAGGAAGAGAAACCAGUAGAGAAACCUCAAAAAGAAAAAGACAAAGAAGUCCUAGAAGACAAGAAAAUGAAGGAAACAGAAAAAGACCAAAUCAAGCCUGCCGAAGAAAUAGAACUAGAAGGGAAAGAUAUUAAAGAAGAAAUAGAUUUGGACAAAUCUCCUGAGGAAGAGGAGGUAGAUGAAGAACAGGAACUUCCAAUAGAUAAAACAGAACCUGAAAAAGAGGAAAAGGAAACAAAGAAAUCCCCAAAAGAAGAGGUGAGGGAAAGAAAAGCUCCUAAAGAAGAAAAGGAACUUCCUGAAGAAAAACCAGAGACAGAGGAACUUCCUGUAGAAGUAGAUGAAGAAAAAACUGUUUUUGAAGAAGAAAAGGAAGUUCCAACGGAGGAAAAAGAGGAAAAGAAAAUUCCCAUAGAAGAAAAACAUGACAAAGAGCCCGUAAAGGAGGACAAAGUAAUAACAGAACCUGCAGAAGAAGAGAUCAAGGAGAAGAAAGCUCCUGAAGAUAAGAAGAAACAUUUCAAAGAAAAAACAGAGAAAAAAGAGGUCCAUAAAGAUGAAAUAGAGCAACCUAAAGAGGAAAAGGAAAAAGAGAAGCCUCCAAAGGCAGAAAAGAAGCCUACCAAACAAAAACUAGAAAGAAAGGAACGCCUAAAAGAAGAGAAGGAGAUGAAGAAACCUCUCAAAGAAGAAAAGGAAGACAAGACAACUCCCAAAGAAAAAGAAGAUGAAAGAAAAACUCCUAAAGUGAAGGACAUGAAAAAGACUCUUUCUAAAAAAGAUAAGAAAUCCGUCACGGAGAAAGACGAGAAAAAGAAAUCUCCCAAAGAACGGGAGGAUUCCCAAAAACCACUGAGGGAUAUUUCAGGAAAGAAACGCUCCAAAACUCCUGAAGUGAAGGAAAAACUCCCCAAAGAGGAAAUAGGAGAAAAGAAACGUUCAAAAGAAGACUUAAAGAUUCCUCUUAGUAAAGAAGGAAUUACAAAACUCAUCAAACCAAAGAUGAAUGAAACGGAAGCUUCCACAGAUGACAAAAAAGAAAAGAUUCAAAUAAAAGCAAAGAAAGAAGAAAAGAAACAUCGGGAAGACAAGAUAAAAGUAAAGAAAACUCCCAAAGAGGACAAGAAACUGAAGUUUCUUCUAAAAGAUGAAACAAAAGUAAAGAAAACUACCAAAGAUUUGAAAGAACAUCCCACUGAAGAGAAGAAAGUUAUAACCCAACCCACCAAAGAAGAGAAAGAAACAGCAGAACUGCAGAAAGAAGUAAAGAAAGCUCCCAAAGAAAAGAAGGAAGACUCAAAACUGCCCAAAAGAAAGGAAGAGCAACCUCCCACUGUGAAGGAAGAGUCAGAGAAACAUCCCAAAGAAAAGAGGGAAAUAAAGAUAUCCGCCAAAAAAGAAGAAAUGAGAAACGUGACAAAAGAAGAAUCAAAGAAACCAUUGAAAGAAAAGAAAGAAAUAAAGGCACCUUCCAAAAAAGAAAAAGAUCGGACAGAACCUCACAAAGAAAAAAAGGGAAAGGAUCUGACCAAAGAGGAAAAAAAGAAAAAGAAACCUCUUGUAGAAAAGAAAAAAGAAACAAUAACUCAAAAAGAGAAAAAAGAGGUUAAGAAAUCGUUAAAAGAAGCAAAGAAACCUCUAAAAGAAAAGAAGGAAGAGGUGAUACUUCCAAAAGAGGACAAAGAAUUGAAGGAGGAGCCCAAAAGGGAAAAGGAGAAAACAAAACCAUUCAAAGAAGUUGACAAACUAAAGAAACCUCUCAAAGAUGAGAAGGAAGAAAUAAGUCUUCCAAAAGAGGAAAAACAAGCGAUUGAGCCACCCAAAGAAAAAGAAGAGAAAAAGAAAUCAUCUGAAGAAGUUAAAGAAGAGAAGAGACCUCCUAAAGAAAAGAAGGAAAAAGUUCUUCCUCCAAAAGAGGAAAAAGAACUAAAGGCAGAGCCUAAAGAGAAAAAAGAGAAAACGAAACCAUCCAAAGACGUUAAGAGACCUCUGAAAGAAAAGAAGGAAGAAAUAAGUCCUCCAAAAGAGGAAAAACAAAAGUUUGAGCUGCCCAAAGAAAAAGAAGAGAAAAAGAAACCAUCUGAAAAAGUUAAAGAAGAGAAGAGACCUUCUAAAGAAAAGAAGGAAAAAGUUCUUCCUCCAAAAGAGGAAAAAGAACUAAAGGCAGAGCCUAAAGAGGAAAAAGAGAAAACGAAACCAUCCAAAGACGUUAAGAGACCUCUGAAAGAAAAGAAGGAAGAAAUAAUAACUCCAAAAGAGAAAAAGGAAACAAAGAAGCUGCCAAAGGAGGAAAAAGAGAAGAAGAAACCAUCUAAAGACGUUAAAGAGGAGAAGAAACCUCAAAAAGAAAAGAAGGAAGAAGAACUAAAGGAGCUUCCAAAAGAGGAAAAAGACAAAAGGAAACCAUCCAGAGAAGUUAAAGAAGUCAAAAAACCUCUGAAAGAAAAGAAGGAAGAAAUAAUACUUUCAAAAGAGGAAAAAGAACUAAAGGAUGAACCCAAAAAGGUAAAGGAGAAAAGGAAACCAUCUAAAGAUGUCAAAGAUGUAAAGAAACCUCUCAAGGAAAAGAAGGAAAAAGUUUUUCCUGCAAAAGAGGAAAAAGAUCUAAAAGCGAAGCCUAAAGAGGAAAAAGAGAAAAAGAAACCAUCCGAAGACAUUGAAAAAGAUAAGAAACCUCUCAAAGAAAAGAGGGAAGAAAUUAUACUUACAAAAGAGGACAAAGAUCUAAAAGCAAAGCCUAAAGAGGAAAAGGAGAAAAUGAAACAUCUAAAGGAUAAGAGAGAAGAUGCUGUACUUCCAAAAGAGGAAAAAGUAAAAAGGAAACCAUCGAGAGAAGCUAAAGAAGUGGAAAAGGCUCUAGAAGAAAAGAAGGAAGAAAUAAUUCUUUCAAAAGAGGAAAAAGAACUGAAGGAUGAACCCAUAAAGGAAAAGGACAAAAGGAAACCAUCUAAAGAUCUUAAGGAAGAUAAGAAACCUCUAAAAGAAAAGAAGGAAGAAGUCCUUCCUCCUAAAGAGGAAAAAGAUCUGAAGGCAGAGCCUAAAAAGAAAAAGAAACUAUCCAAAGACGUUGAAGAAGUGAAGAUAUCUCCAAAAGAUAAGAAGGAAGGAAUUGUACUUCCAAAAGAGAAAAACGAAACAAAGGAGCUGCCAAAAGAGGAAAAAGAGAAAACGAAACCAUCUAAAGAGGUUAAAGAAGAGAAGAGACCUCUAAAAGAGAAGAAGGGAGAAGUUCCUCCUCCAAAAGAGGAAAAAGAGUUGAAAUCACAUCCUAAGGAGAAAAAAGAGAAAAAGAAACCAUCCAGAGAAGAUAAAGAAGUGAAGAAACCUCUGAAAGAUAGGAAGAAAGAAAUAAAAGUUCAGAAAGAGGAAAAAGAACAAAAGGAGCUGGAAAAAGAUAAAAGAAAACCAUCCAAAGAGGUAAAAGAAGUGAAGAAACCUCUGAAAGACAAGACAGAAGAAAUGAUACCCCUAAAAGAGGAAAAAGAAGCAAAGGAACUGCCUAAAGAGAAAAAAGAGAAGAAGAAACUAUCUAAAGAAGAUGAAGAAGAGAAGAAGCCUCUAAAAGAAAAGAAGGAAGAAGUUCUUCUUUCAAAGGAGGAAAAAGAACCAAAGGAGCUGCCUAAAGAGGAAGAGGGUAAGAGACACUUUAAAGAAGAAAAAGUAAAGAAACCUCUUAAAGAAAAGAAAAAAGAAAUUAUUCUUCCAAAAGAAAAGAGGGAACCAAAGGAGCGGCCCAAACAAGAAAAGGAAAAGAAGAAACCUCAAAAAGAAAAAGAGGAAGACAUACUUCUUCCAAAAGAGGAAAAACAACCAAAAGUCCAGCCUACAGAGAAAAAAGAGAAAAGGAAACAAUCCAAAGAAGUUAUGGAAAAAGAAAUGAUUCUUUCAAAAGAGGAAAAAGAACCCAAGGAGGAAAAAGAGAAAAGGAAACCAUCUAAAGACAUUAAAGAAGAGAAGAAACCUCUAAAAGAAAAGAAGAAAGAAGUUCUUCCUCCAAAAGAGGAAAAAGGACGGAAGGCAGACCUUACAGAGAAAGGGGAGAAAAAGAAACCCUCCAAAGAUGUCAAAGAAGUAAAGAAACCUCUAAAAGACAAGGAGGAAGAAAUUAUUCUUUCAAAGGAGGAAAAAGAGAAAAAGAAACCAUCUAAAGACAUUAAAGAAGAGAAGAAGCCUCUAAAAGAAAAGAAGGAAGACAUUAUUCUUUCAAAGGAGAAAAAGAAACCAUCUAAAGACAUUAAAGAAGAGAAGAAGCCUCUAAAAGAAAAGAAGGAAGAAGUUCUUCCUCCAAAAGAGGAAAAAGGACAGAAGGCAGAGCUGAAAGAGAAAAAGGAGAAAAAGAAACCUUCUAAAGAUGCCAAAGAAGUAAAGAAACCUCUCAAAGAAAAAGAGGAAGAAAUUUUUCUUUCAAAGGAGGAAAAAGAGAAAAAGAAACCAUCUAAAGAAGUAAAGGAACCUCCAAAAGAAAAGAAAGAGGAAACUAUUCUUCCAAAAGAGGAAAAAGAAAAAAGGAAACCAUCCAGAGAAGUUAAAGAAGUCAAAAAAACUAUAACAGAAAAGAAGGAAGAAAUCAUUCUUUCGAAAGAGGAAAAAGAUCUAAAAGCGAAGCCUAAAGAGGAAAAAGAGAAAAAGAAACCAUCCGAAGAUGUUAAGAGACCUCUGAAAGAAACGAAGGAAGGAAUUGUGCUUCCAAAAGAGGAAAAAGAAAAAAGGAAACCAUUGAGAGAAGUUAAAGAAGAAAAGAAACCUCUCAAAGAAAAAGAGGAAGAGAUAAUUCCUCCAAAAGAGGAAAAAGAACCCAAGGAGUCAACCAAAGAGGAAAAAGAGAAGAAGAAACCAUCCAGAGAAGUAAAAGAAUCUCCAAAAGAAAAGAAGAAAGAAAUUAUUCUUCAGGAAGAGGAAAAGGAACCAGAAGAGCUGCCCAAAGAGAAAAAGAAACCAUCCAAAGAGGUAAAGAAACCACUUAAAGGAAAGAAGGAAGAGGUUAGAGUUUCAAAAGAGGAAAAGAAACCAAAGGAGCAGCUCGGAGAAGAAAAAGUGGGUAAGAAACCCCAAAAAGAAGGAAGAAAAUUAAAGAAACCUUUUGAAGAAAAGAAGCAAGAAAGAAGUCUUCCAAAAGAGGAAAAAGAACCAAUUGAGCUGCCCAAAGAGGAAGAAGACAAACUGAAACCAUCGGAAGAAGUUAGAGAAGAGAAGAAACCUCUGAAAGAAAAGAAGGAAACAGUGACACUUCCAAAAGAGGAAAAAGAGAAAAAGAAACCAACUAAAGAAGGUAAGGAGGUGAAAAAACCUCUUAGAGCAGAAAAAGAAGAAACUAUAGUUCCAACAGAGGAAAAGGAAUUGAAAGAACAGCCAAAAGAGGAAAAAGAGAGAAAGAAACCAUCCAAAGAAGUGAAGAAACCUCUCAAAGAAAAGAAAGAUAAAGUAAUUAUUCCAAAAGAAAAAAAAGAACCAAAAGUGCAGCCAAAAAAGGAGAAAGAGAGAAAGAAACCCUCCAAAGAAAAGGAUGAAAUUACAAAGCUCCCCAAAGAAAAGAAAGAAGAAAAAGAACCUCAAACUCAAGAAGAGGACUUGAAGAAAACUUCCAAAGAAGAACUUGUUCUUCUUGAAGAGGAAGUUGUUCUUCCAGAAGAGGAACAAGAACUGAAGGAGCUUCCUAAAGAGGAAAAGGAGGAUAAGAAACCAUCCAAACCAGUUAAAAAAAUAAAGAAAAUACCUCUUAAAGAAAAGAAGGCAGAACAUUUACUUCCAACAGAGGAAAAAGAGAGAAAGAAACCUCCAAAAGAAAAGGAUCAAAUUCUAAAAUCUGUCAAAGAAGAGAAAGAAGAAAAAGAACCCCAAACUAAAAAAGAAGUAAAGGAGUCUUCUAAAGAAAUUAAGAAAAGUCUCAAGGAACAACAACAAAUUGUGACACCUCCUAAAGAAGAGAAAGAAUUAUUCGAAAAAGAUGUUGAGGAAAAAGAAGAAAAAGAUGAGGAGGAGGAAGCACCCAAAGAAAUCACAGAGAUGAAAGCCAAAAAAACGAAAUUGCCCUCUGAGAAGAAACAGAAAUCCCCCAAAGAAAAGAAAGAUGAGAAAAAACUCAUUGCAGAAGUUAAAGAAAAGAGAACUUCAGAAGAAAAGGUAAAGAAACCUCUAGAAGAAAAGGAAGAUGUGACGAUACAAGAGAGACCUGUAGAGUCACCCGAAGAAGAAGCAGAAGAGGAGAAAGAACCCAAAGAAAGAAGAUUGGAAAAAGAAUCUCCCAAAGAAAAGGUAGAAUUGAAAGAAGAAGACAAAACCCAACAGGAAAAAUCUAAACUUUCCAAGAAGCUAAAGGAAAAGAAAACUCAGAAAGGCAAGAAAAAAGUUCUCAAGACAGAAGAACCACCAAUGACUACGAUAAUAGAUGAUGAAGUCAUCAGUGCACCAGAGGAAGUAACGCUUCCUCAAGAAGAGGUAGAGGAGGAAACGAUUCAGCUUUUGAAGAAAGACAGGAAGCGUGAAAAAAAGGACAAACCACUUCCUGUAAAGGAGGAAGUUCCUGAGGAAACAACAGCAGAAGAAGAAGAAGUAGCAGCACCUGAAAAGGAAGAAAAGGUUCAUAAAGAGAAAAAAGAACCACGAACAAAAGCUGUAGAAAGGAAGGAGAAGAUGGAGACGCCUCCGACAGAGGAACUAGAACCUCUCGAAGAAAAGCAGCCAAAGAAAUCCAAAAAGGAGGAAAAACAAGUGACGGCAAGAAAAGAAGAGACAGAAUUAAAGAAACUGUCUGAAAAAGAGAAAGAGGAGAAAAUACCAAAGCCUGAAAAGGAAGCCAUCCUGAUUCCUUCCAUAGAAGACCAAGAAUCUGCUGAGAAGAUCGAAACCAAAUCAAAAAAGAGAUUCAGAGAUGUCAAGGUGAAAGCUGCUCCGCUCCUCAAGAAGGAGCAGCUCAAUGUCACAAAAGCAGAUGCUGAGGUUUCUAAGGAAAAAGUCAAGCCAGCUCCAUCAAGAAAGGCUGCGCCAAUCAAGACAAAAUCAGCACCUACAGUUGAAAAACCGAAAGUAGCUGAGAAAAAUGUCACUAUAGUAAAGGAGAAGGUCAAGGUGGUGCCACUGAAGAAAGUGCCUGUGACUCCAAAAGAAAAAGUCAAACCAGCACCAACCAAAAAACCUGAACUCGUCAAGGAGAAGAAGGUCGAGCCAGUGGUGCCCAAAAAAGCACCUCUCACCAGGGCUAAAGCUAUGGUUCCUCAAAAGAAAAAAGGAAAAACAGAAGAGCCUGAGCUCAAGACAGCUCGCCUCAAAAAAGAACCUGAUGUUGAAAAGGAGAAACGGAAACCAACUUCAUCAAAGAAAGAGCCAGAAAUCUCCAAAGAAAAGGACAAAUUGGCUGCAGUUAAGACAGAAAAACCUGUUGGAAAGAGGCCUCCCAAAGAAGAAGUCAGAGAGGACAGAAUUCUUAAAGAGAUACAGGAGCCUAUAAAGAAAGAAAAACCUGUGGAGAAGAAAGCAGCCAAGAAGGAGAAGGUUAAAGAAGAGCCCACUGACAGCUUUCUCAUGGAGGAUGAGCUGCCGUACUUCCAGUGCUUCUUUGUGGAUGAAGACGAGGCCCCUUUUCCGUUCUAUGCCUUCUCACCACUACAGAUAUGACACACCAGUCGGAGUCGAUCAUUACUGUUUUAAUCAUCCGGUGAUGGUGACAGAAUCCCGCCAUUCCCUGUGCUGCAGAAACACGGCUGCAGCCUGUCCGCCUCCUGCAGGAAAUCCAGGACAGCAGGGCAUGAUGGGGGAUUUUAAAGACGGUUUUUAUAUUUUCCACAAUUGGUUGAGCUCUCAAACCAAAUACAUGCAGUCAGUGGAAUUCCUUUAUCGUUUUUUUAACAUAUUUUUAUACUUUUAUGUUUUGAAAAAUUGUGUUUUUGAGAAAAUUUGAUCAGUUUAAGACCUUUUUUUGGAUCUUUUAUUAGGAGAAUUAAAGAAAAACAGCGGCACGUCUGAAAACAUAUUUAAAGAUAAUAGGGUACAGACAUGGUAAAAGCAGUUUAAAUGGGACAGAUGUGGAUCCAGUUUCUCUUACAUUCUCAGAACAGUACUGUAGCUGUAGGCCUGAAUAAGCCUCAUCGCUGUCAUCACAAGCUGUAAAUUAAGUCUCCUUUUUUAAUGCUGGUUUCUACGCAGAAUGCUUUCAGGAUUAAGAAAUAACCAUCUUUUUUGUCUUUAUUUUGUCUGUUAAACUUAAAAAAGGAAGAACCGUGCAUUGUAUAUGAGAGCUCCCAAAAUACUGUGGAACAAAACCUAAAGAAGUCUUAUGGGAUGGAACCUUCUGGUCUGUUGUGCCAGCUUUUCAUUUCCAUUUUGGUGCUUUUUCAGAAAGUGUUUCAUGUCUGAGUGAGGUUUGAGUUCAGUCUCGUUUCGUAACAUUUUCUUUAUCCAUCAGACGAGAGAUUCUGUAAUUCCUCGACUGACCAAACACACACAGUCACUGACUGUUCAGUUGUGUGCGACGAGGAAACUUGACAUGGUGGAAACCUUUAAACGUGAUUUUUUUGUGAAAGAAUCCAAAUAUCAAUGUCUAUUUCAUGGGCAUACAUGACUUUUAUUAAUUUAUUAGUAUUUGUAGUUCUAUGAACAGGGUUUAUUUUAAGUAAGAAUCCUGUACUUGUGAUGUUCAGAGCUUAAACUAAUUAAGAAUGCCAGAUUUGGUUCAUUUAACCUCUUAGAACAAUAACAGAACCUUGCAGUAAGACUUUUAUAAAGUUUAAAUAUUCUUUUGAAUUUCCAGACAUGAAUGUGUGUCACAGCUUUAUGGAAUAAAAACUGUCUUUUUAGACAGUUUUAUGUUGCUUUUACAAAUCUGGACCAGCUUUUAGGACUCAUUUUUACCAAAUAAAAAUCAUUUUUUAUUAGAAAUCAACACAGAAUAGUUUCUGCAUGCUCAGGCGGCAAUAUCAAAGCACUUACAGGUUUUUAGAACAUUUUUGCAUAAAAACUCAAUUAAAAAUAUUAAUAUGCGUUUCAAUCUGAACUUCUUUUAAAAACUAUUUUUUUAACAAGUGCAAUCGUUUGUUUUAGGUUGUCUCGGUGGUCGUUGCACUGUAGAAUUUGCUGUGCAUGUUGUGCGUUUGUUUUAUUUCCUCCUGACAAACUUUCGACACUUGAAAAGUCCAGUUUGUAAAUCCAAAAUUUGGAGUCUCUCAAUGAUGUUGGGAAACGUGUAAUUUUAAGUAUCUGAAAGGAUCUGGAUGUAAAUAGUUUAACUGAUGGGGAAAGUGGUGUUUUAUUUUUAUCUUUUGAACUCUGUAGGUCCAGUGUAAUGUUUUAAACCAAGCUAUGCCCUCAUUGUGCUUGUGAAUAAAAGUCAUUAAAACAUA